AACGAGAGAGUGUCGAGCAGGAUCGAGCUUUCCAGAGAAGUGAAGAGGGCUUCAUGUAGCAAAAGCUCCCUUAUAAUCAGACAGACCGGUCGGCUGCCCGGGCACGGAUUGCUCUCGCGCUGUCCGAUCAGUCUUCCACGUUUAUUCGAUUCUAUUCGUUUGUAUGAUCUUCUUUCCUUUUUUUUCAUUCUCUUGUUCUUCGUUUUCGUUUUCUUCUUCUACUUUUUCUUCUUUCUUCUGGGCUCCGGUCUUUCCGCAAUUUAUAAUUCGAAUCUCUGCCGCGUGUUGAACUUGAAAUCUAGUGAUAGUGCGAGUGACCUUCACGAGCUUCUCUGUCAAGGCUGGACAAGAAAGUUCGCUCAUCAAAGAAAAAAAAUUAACAAUGAACUUUGAUAGACGCAACUCGGUAUAAACUAUAAAAAAACGAAGGAACAAUUAAUAUCACGGCAGAAGACUAUAUGCGUAAAAAAAUAUGGAAGACACAUCUUCAAGAAUACGUCCGUACGUGGACUGGGAUAACGAAGACAAGUACUCAGUAGCGAAUAGUCAAGUGCCCUUGCAGGAUGAAGAAGACGAACACCCGGAACGCGGAACCUGGACAGGAAAAUUCGAUUUUCUUUUGUCUCUCCUGGGAUAUAGCGUAGGCCUCGGAAAUGUCUGGAGAUUUCCGUAUCUUUGUUAUUCGAACGGCGGCGGUGCUUUCCUGAUACCGUUCACCACGAUGCUCAUUAUUGCCGGAUUGCCUCUUAUGUUCAUGGAACUCUCCUUAGGACAAUACGCUAGUCUUGGACCAGUGGCCCUUUACAAGCAAUUUUGUCCUCUGCUUCGUGGCUUAGGAUACGGAAUGGUCCUCGUUAGUUCCGUUGUCAUGCUCUAUUAUAAUUUAAUCAUCGCCUGGACGCUGUAUUACAUGUUUUCUUCGGUCGUUGGUGGCUGGGAGUUGCCCUGGAGCAAAUGCGAGAAAGAGUGGAGCACCGAAGAUUGCUUCAUGCCAGACGCUGCCGAGGCUUGUGCCGCUCAAAAUGCUUCUUACUUCAAAGGAAAAUGUUUAAAUUCGACUCAAAUGACUGUGAUGGGCCUGAUUAUCGAGAAUAUAACCGGCGUUAUCAGAAAACCGCCGGCCGAGGAAUACUUUCACAAUCAUGUUUUGGGAAUCAGCAGUGGAAUCGAGGAGACUGGCUUUAUUCGACCGUCCAUAGCGGCUAGCCUUUUCCUGGCGUGGAUCAUAGUGUUUCUUUGUCUGAGUAAAGGCGUACAAAGCUCAGGCAAAGUCGUAUACUUCACGGCUCUUUUUCCAUACGUUGUCCUCAUCGCCCUUUUUAUUCGUGGAAUUUUACUUCCCGGUGCUAACGAGGGUGUACUCUUUUAUCUGACCCCCGAUUGGAAAAGACUGACAUCCGCUAAAGUAUGGGGAGAUGCCGCCGUUCAAAUCUUUUUCGCCUUAAGUCCAGCCUGGGGAGGCUUGAUCACUUUAAGCUCGUAUAACAAGUUCACCAAUAACUGCUACAAGGAUUCUUUAAUCGUGGCGAUUAGCAACAUUGGGACCUCCUUCUUCGCCGGUCUGGCGAUCUUCUCGGUAAUCGGUUUCCUCGCUCACGAGCUCGACGUCCCGGUGGCAUCGGUAGUUGAUGAAGGCGCUGGUUUGGCAUUUAUUGUUUAUCCAGAGGUUGUGGCUCGUCUACCGAUUGCGCCCGUCUGGUCCUUACUGUUCUUCAUCAUGCUGCUUACCUUGGGUCUUGAUUCACAGUUUGCUCUUAUGGAGACCGUCACCACGGCGAUACUUGACGGUAUUCCGUCAUUGAGAAAUUACAAGAUCUGGGUUGUCCUAGGGGCUGCGGUGAUCGGCUACGCUGGUGGUGUCAUUUUCACCACUAAUGCUGGCAUGUACUGGUUGCAGCUAAUGGACAAAUACGCGGCUAACUGGUCUGUCCUGUUGAUUGCUAUAAGCGAAUGCAUUCUAGUGGCAUGGGUGUACGGCGCGGAUCGCUUUCUGGAUGACGUUCAACAGAUGAUCGGACCCCGAGGCCGUUUAUGGAGAUUUUUUUGGACAUGGAUGUGGAAGCUCAUCACGCCCGCGGCGUUGUUCUUUAUUCUCUGCUUCAACUGGGUGGAAUACGAGCCGCUCAAGUAUGGAGCUUAUAUUUAUCCGAAAUGGGCGGACGUAUUAGGCUGGGUCAUUAGUAUACUUCCCGUUUUAGUAAUUGUUGGAUUAGCUAUAGAUCAGCUGAAGGGACGCCGUCGGCGAUCAUCAUACGAUGAUGAUGACGAAGAUGACGAUGACGAGGAUGACGAUGAUGAGGAUGAGCUUGACGAUAGGGAAUCUUGUCAAAAAACAGGAAAGGAAAAGGGUAAAGAUAAAAAUAUGAAUAUAUGGAAUCGCAUAAAGAUAUUGUUGCAGCCAACAUCUAAAUGGGGCCCGGCGUCACAAAAUUCUUUGACAUCUUCCGGUACCUUGAUGGCUUCCUUAGCAACCCCAGGAACGUAUGAUUCGAUGCGGGAUACGAUUAUCCUGGCAAACGGUCAGCCGAUGAUGGUGCAACCACCCAGCGUCACUCAAACUACUCAGAAACUCCCCGGACCGUCGAUCCUUAAGAAUUCUAGUAAAACUAAUCUGAUUACCUCGCAGCAAGUGUGACACGACACGUUUGUUUUAAGUCCCGUGACGAAUUCUUAGAAAAAUGACUCUGUAGUGUCACAAUGCGCCCAUCGUAAGCUUGUCUUUGACAUGAACAAGCAUUCUUAAAAUGUUGAUAAUUGUCAACCUCAAUUGACAAUGCUGCAAGUUAUUCUAUUAUCACUUGAUACAAUUUGUGAAAAGUAUUAAAUUUUGAAUUUUUUAAAACUCGAAUUUUAUUAAAAAUAUUAUAUUAAGCGUGAUCCCUUUAUGCUCUCAAAAAAUGUGGAAGAACGAACUUUCUUAUUAACUAUAUACAGUCUAUUAAUAUUAAUAAAAAUAAAUUAUAUUCUUUUAUAAUAAAUUAACAUUGCAAUACUUUUAUGAUAAAGAAGUUAUUUGACAAGUAAAUUGUUGAUAUUAACGGUGGAGCUUAAAUAAAUAAUUGAUAUUAAAAUUUUAAUGGCCAAAGAAUGUUAAAAAAUAACCAAGUGUAAAAUCGUCGAUACAUUAAAAGAAACUGAAAAGGAUUACAAAAAGUGAUAGUAAA